AUGAACAAAAACAGUAGUGGCAGAGCUUCUGACAAAACCCCGACAACACCAGAGACUGAUAUGAAGAGCAUAAAGGUGAAGUACAUUUCGAGCCCAGUCAUGGUGGAAGCAAAAGAUGCUUCUCAGUUUAAAGAAAUCGUGCAACAUUUCACCGGCCAAACUCCCGUCCAAACCAGCUUUGGCGUAUAUUCUAAUCCUACCACAGCCGCCGCCACCACCACCACCACCGCCACCGGAGAAGCUACUCGUGCACACUUUUCUUAUGAACCUUCAAACAAGAAGCCACAAGCCUUGAUCGAUAGUUUCUCAUGGGAAGAUAUUGCAGAGUGGAAUUCAUACAGAUAG